UCUUUACAUGAGAAUCUAUUGACGGCCUUUUUCUUUCUAUAGGCAGAUCUCUUUUUUCAUCGAUUCAAUUUUAAAAAAACGAAAGAGAGAAAAGAAAAGAAACGAAAUUACGAAGUAACGCAGAAGGGCUCUCAAAUGAAUAUGCAUCCAACAAAUCAUUGCCCUCCCAUCAGACAAGAUAUUUUUUGAUGGACUACGACUCGGCUGCACCGAAGUUCACACUGCAAAAGUGAAAAAACACCCCAAUUCAGAGCCGACAUUCUAGAGGCUUGCAGUCUCCAAUCUCAUCCCAAACUUCUCCUGGCCAAGAAUCGAUGCUUCCUAUGACUGUAACGUGCCGCUCCUGCACCCUUUCACAUUAUAUUAAGGUAGCAAAAGCGCUAACUGUUCUUCUAUAUAAACCCAUAAACCAUUUCAGUGAACCUCACAACUUCCACACUAUCGCUCAGUGUAACACUAAACCAUCUACAGGGUGUUGUUUCCCGAUCAAUUCAGGAAUAACCCGUAACGAAAUUUAUCCAUUCCGAUUUGGGUCCUCUCUAGUUUCUUCUAGUCUCAAUUUUUCUACCAUGGGUGGCAGUUCAUCAGAAGGACAAACUAAUGUCCAUGAUUUUACGGUCAAGGACAUCAGGGGUAAUGAUGUGGAUCUCACUAUUUACAAGGGCAAAGCUCUGCUUAUCGUCAAUGUUGCUUCUGAAUGUGGAUUAACUACCUCUAACUACAAAGAGAUGAACGAAUUGUAUGCAAAGUACAAGCAGCAAGGACUAGAAAUACUGGCCUUCCCUUGCAAUCAGUUUGCUGGGCAGGAACCGGGUGACAAUGAGCAGAUUGUAGAAGUGGCAUGUACUCGUUUUAAAGCAGAAUUUCCCAUAUUUGACAAGGUUGAGGUCAAUGGUGAUAAUGCAGCUCCUAUCUAUAAGUUCUUGAAAUCAAGCAAAGGUGGCCUUUUGGGUGACAAUAUUAAGUGGAACUUCGAAAAGUUUCUGGUGGACAAAGAUGGAAAUGUGGUUGAUCGAUAUGCUCCAACAACUUCUCCACUUAAUAUUGAAAAAGAUAUCAAGAAGAUCCUAGGAAUUGCCUGAUUCUUCGGAAGCAAAAACAUUACAGCAUUUUUACAGUGUCCACAUAGUGCUAAGGAAUAAGAUGAAGAAAACUAUUUAGUUGUGAUUCUGGUUACAGAACAGGGUCGUAGCUGAAAGUGUUGUUAGGAAUUUCCAAGUUGUAACUGCUUUAAUUCAUUUUUUGUAGUGCUAUGAAUCUCAUGUCUUUCACAUGGCUUGAACUAUACCAUAAAUAAGGGUUGUAUUUCCAAUCCCAUUAUAUAUUUUUCUUAACAGAAUAGAUAUUUAAUCUCUCAAGGAUCACAUGCAAUUUUGUUUUGCUUGUUUUCUCAACUGGGAGGAGAUGUUUAUCAUUUUCUUAAAAUUAAUAAUUUGCGAGGUGCCAAUGGAUUCUUCUCA